AUGAGGAUGAAGAGGCCGCUCAAGCGUGUUGCGCUCUUCGUCGAGCCCGAGUGCGCUUGUGGGUGAUGGGGCGGCGAAUGUGAGGAGGUGGGAGCUAUGCGUUGUCACUGGUGACUUAUCAGACAAGCAUGAGCCAUUGCAGAUAUGAAGCGCUGUCACAAGUCACCGACCGAUGAGCGAUGUUGGAAUUGAAGCCAAGCCGUGCGUGCGUAGACGUACGUGGAGCUGCUGCUGCUGCUGCUGCUCUGCCUCGACAACUGCCGGCGAUAAGUGCAUGCCUACCAACCGCGGGAUGAUCGAGGGGUUCAGCACAUAUGCACAUAGCGCAAACAGCAUAGCGUAGCGCAUUCGCGGUGAUGCGUGCGUGUGCGCGCGGCACGAGCAACUCUCUCUCACGUGACUCGCAAUAGAGUCACAGUCACGAGUCACGUGAGCGCAAGUCCAAGUCGAAAUUUUGGGUGGGGGUUGGCAUAUUCACGACCUAAAUAUCGCAUCGCAUCCACUCGAAACUUGACUUUUGCAGGUCAGCGAAGCUCUCUCACUACACACGGCAUCCGUCGUUUAUCCUUUGACCUGACACUAGUCUUGAUCCUCAUCGCCCACCUGCUCAGUGUACGAAUGGUCACUGCCCUGUCCAGCAGAUCAAAGACUCUUUUGUUACAGCAAUCACGCACCUGCUUGCGAGGAUGCAGUCAAAGGCGGGCGCAGGCGCGAGCCAGGAAGCAGGGAGCACCUCCAUCUCGACCUCCACCCCAGCCUCUUCGCUCAGCUCCACUCUCAUCUCAUUGCAAAGUCAUCUAUCCAAAGUUGAUCUUUCUAGUCCCGUGCUAUCCCUCUCCUCAGGGGACAAUGCGCACAGUCUUCUCUCCCUCAAGCCCUCUCUCAUGCUAGAGUAUCUUCAAGCUCUCUCUCUUCUAUCCUCUUUCCAACUAUCCAAUCGUUCCAUCUCCUCCGGUACCAAGGACGAUCAAGCAAACGAACUGGUCGUCGCUUUGAUUAGGAUCAGACUUUGUUUGGAGAGGGUCAGGGCACUGGAACUUAGAGCCAAGCCCGGCAUCGAUAGAGUGGUCAGAGCGGCUGAAGAGAGUCAAAGUAGGAUCGAAUUGGCCAAAAAGUCGGGAGAUAAGCAGACGGAUGAGGCUCGGGUGGAUGGGCAUGAUGAUCAUGGUGAUCAUGGUGAGCGCGGAGUGGCAGCCAUACUCUUUGUACCAUGAGCGAGGGUGCGCGGAUGGAAGUUGGAGCGGCUGUGCAAGGGAGAUGUAUGCGAUGAAGCAUUUCCGAUCUGCUCGGUGUGCAGUCCGCUCGAGGCGUUCACUGCUUUGUUCACGAUGUGCUCACCAUCCUCCCACUUGCCUGCCUUGCUUCCUCAUCAGACUUGUUAUCUUUCAGGCCCAAUCUGGACGCUUUCGCCUCGACGGGAACCUCAAGUGAUGCUCAGGACGAUGGCCCUUCUCGCUCAAGCAAGGACGGCAUUUAUCGUCCACCCCGCCUAGCUCCCGUUCCCUACACUGGCGAUCGACCACGUGUGCGACGUGGGGCAGACCAAGUCGACGGCGGAGGCAUCUCUUCCGACGAAGCAGAAGCGGGUGGUCCAGAUUCGUCCCGUUCAAGAUCGAGAAGAGCAUUACCUCGCAACGCAUCCUUGCUCAACGAUCUAUCUCAAAGUCUCUCUUCCCUACCAUACGAAGCCUCAUCCAGUGGAUCCGGUGGAGGAGCUCUUCAAGCUUCCUCCUCCGCAAGCACAUCUUCCCGAGCUAGAAAGUUGGCCGAGAUGCAAGAGUACGAAGAGUCGAAUUUGACCAGGUUGGCCACUUCUGGUAAAGAAGCCAAGAGGCGUAGAAAGGAAGAGGAGAGCUUGGCUUUGGGCGGCGGAGAGAGGGGUGGCGGAGCUGACAGUCUCAUGAACGAAUUUGGAGGACUGUUGAGUUCUGGAGGAGGAGGAGGAGCAGGUGGGAGUGGAAGAAGAAAGAGAAUGGAAAAGGAUGCGUACGAGGAACUGAGAGGAAAGGGAAGAGACAAGGCGCUGGAUAGAGCUAGAGGUAGGAGGGGAGAUGCCAAGGGCAAUCCUCAAUUCUUGGACUCUGCUCAGACUCGACCUGCAUCGCUCGGCAAGAGCAAGUUCAAAAAGGAUCUCCAAAAGGAGAGGAGCAAGAAACGAUCAUGA